UAUUUCCUUUCAUAUGCUCUCUCUCUCUCAUACUAUCUUUGCUUCCAAUCUAAGUUUUCACUACAUGUCUACUCUCUGUCGCUAUAUAUCCCCCAAAUAGCAAAACCUGGACUAAGCCGAAACCCAUCUCCAAAGCAAUGAGCUCGGUGUGCAUAACGAACUGCCUAAACGACACUGUGUGCUGCGACCCCCGAAUCCCGGUCCGAGCCACGUACGUGAAUCUCUACAAGUGGCCUGAGUCCGAUGCCGACUUCGUGCGCUCGGUGACUGCCCAGGGCCGGGACCAACACCCCUACCGUGCCAAGGUCGUCGACAGCAUCUCAUGCCGGCAGAUGUACCUGAGGAGCUAUCCUUUCUCCAAGGAAGAAGACCAUGUGAGCAAGACCAAGUGCUUCGGUGGAGAGAGAAAGAGGGGCGACAAUAAGGAGACAACCAGAGGAAGGACAAGGGGGAACAAGAGAUGUACGAUGUUGAGGAGGGUGAGGGAGUUGUCUUGGAGUACUGUGUCUAGGAUCUUCCACAGGUUGCUCUCUUGCUCUGCUAGUGUUGAUAUUGUGGAAUCCAAGUUAAAAGAGGGAAGGAAUUGAUUCAGAAGUCACUUGGUUUGCUAUGAGUAAUGUAAGUAAGAAUGUAAAAGAACACUCUUUAUUCCUUUCUUGCUAUAUUGCACUAUAAAUUCUCUCUUGCAUCGUGAUAAGUGUGAAUCAAAAAAAUUGUUUUUUUUUUUUUUUUUUUUUUUUGGGGGUAUUUGAGUCGUAGCAUGAAGUUUUUUAGUAAGAAUAUUUAUUCUGUACCCCGCCAGUGUUUGGUGCAGAAAAUAAUUUCCAUUUAAUGUGUUUCAAAGUAUCCUCAUAAGAAUUUGUUAUAGUUGGUGAAUUAUGAAUA